AUGGGCGCCAACGACGACGACGAUAGAGCAACCGAGCUGCCCACGACAAAUCUUGACGUGCCUGUAGCGACACCUCGUAGUAAAAUUCCUUCGGCUGUCUAUGUAAUUGUAUGGAUCUCUUUGAGUUCGGCUGUCAUUCUAUUCAAUAAAUGGAUCCUAGAUCCAAAAACCACCAAUUUCCGAUUUCCUAUUUUUCUUACGACAUGGCAUCUGUUAUUCUCGUCAAUCGCAACGCAAAUCCUGGCGAGGACAAGCACUCUUCUUGAUGGGCGCAAAACGGUUAAGAUGACUGGCAAAGUCUACCUCAGGGCCAUCGUCCCAAUCGGAUUAUUUUUCAGCUUAAGUCUGAUCUGUAGUAACAAGGCGUAUCUUUACCUAAGCGUAUCAUUCAUUCAGAUGUUAAAGGCAACAACCCCCGUCGCAGUUCUUCUCACUAGUUGGAGUUUAGCAGUAGAAAGGCCAAAUCUCAAGACCCUACGGAAUGUCUCGUUCAUUGUCAUUGGUAUUAUGAUUGCCUCAUACGGAGAGAUCCUCUUCGUCCCUACUGGUGUUGUUUACCAAGUUUUUGGUAUCGCCUUCGAAGCCGUCAGGCUUGUGAUGGUUGAACGUCUGCUAUCCUCGGCGGAAUACAAGAUGGAUCCCCUAGUAUCAUUAUACUACUUCGCACCCGUUUGCGCCUUCAUGAAUUUCUUGAUGUUUCUGAUCUUCGAGAGCUCCACGCUGGCUAUGUCCGAUCUCGCCCGUGUUGGCUUAAUAAUGUUCUUCUUUAACGCCUUGGUCGCAUUCUGUUUGAACGUCUCUGUAGUGUUUUUGAUCGGGAAAACCUCAUCUCUUGUGCUCACACUCUGCGGUGUCCUGAAAGACAUUCUUCUCGUAUGUGCCUCUGUUCUUAUUUGGGGAACCCCAGUCACAGCCAUACAAUUGUUCGGUUACAGCAUUGCUUUGAGCGGCCUCGUGUACUUCAAAUUAGGAGGGGAAAAGAUCCGUGAGCACUUUGCGCAGCUGCGUGGGAUGAGCUCCAGGAGCUCGGCGUCACGGAAGACCUUCGCUGGUGUAGGCGUUGCAUUUGUGUUGUUGAUGGUUGGGAGGCUGUAUAGCGGGGCGUCCGGCUCUACAAGUGAAGUCGACAUAAUUGGAGCCGACAAGACAGUCCACGGUUCAAUGCCCGCUUAUACGAAUAAUAAAGGCUCCAGCACUAUGCCAACACCAAAAAACAAAUUCGAUAUUGUCAUCAGCAUGUAUAAGGAGGACCAAAUAAAAAUGGCAGAACAGCUCAGAGAACUCAAAGGCCUCACAUCGCUCAAAGGCCUCGAACCUAAAGUCAUUAUUUAUGUCAAGGAUCAGGAGGCAGAUGCGGAGUCCAUUAAAAAGACUGUUGGAGCAGAUGUCGUAAAGAUUAUUCCAAACAGGGGCCGCGAGGGUGGAACAUACCUCCAUCACAUUGUGAACGAAUGGGAUAAUUUUGCGGCGCAUACGAUGUUUCUCCAAGGCGACAUGCACAAAUUCCAGAAGCUCACAGACCGGAUUUCCGAUUAUUUUGUUCCAAAAACUGGAGUACUAUCCCUUGGUUUUGGUCAAAGUACUUGUGAAUGCAACAACUGUAAAGAUUCAUGGGGCGGCGAGGAUAUCUGGUUUCGAGUUCCUGAAGUUUGGUCUGCAGUUCAUGGCGAACUGUGUCCUAAUUCUGGAAUUCUGAUAUCAUAUGGCGGGCAGAUGAUCGUUUCAGCGAGCCGUAUGCGAUCUUCUCGGAAGCAAGUCUAUGAGCAUAUUAAGGGGAUUUUGGAAAGUGAUGAGGAGCAUUGGAUCCAUGCAGACUCGAAGGCCGAUAGUUUCGUUGAUAAACCCGACAACCCGUUUUUUGGGCAUACUUUGGAGAGAAGUUGGAUGACCCUCUUUCAUUGUUCUGACCCUAAAUUGGCGGUUACAUGCCCUUCGCUCGACAAAAGGAGAGGAGAGAAUGACUCGGAUGGAACGUGCCAGUGCCUUGAUUAA